AUGAUUUCUCGCCCGGUGGCUGCGACUCUUGGGUGCUGCGGAUGCCGAGGUGCGAUUCUGAGGGCCGUUGCGUCCAGGCCACUGGCGGGCAUUGGACAAUCGGCGUCGCGGGGAAUACGGCCGGUUGCCAGCUCGGGCCUACGAAGUUUUCCGCCAAGCCAGCAGUAUGGAACUGUUGCGCAAAAAGACGCAGAGGCAAAGCCGGGGAUUGAGCAACGAAAAGACGAGGAUGAGAUUGAGAUUGAGGAUGAGAUUCUCGACAGCGACGAGCCCGCGGAUUCACCAUGGUUUCUCGAUGUUGAACCGCCACGACAUGCGCCGCUGCAGCAUAUUGCGUCGCUACCCAAAGUACCCGAAGAUGCGCCUUAUCUCCUCGAGCCGAUGAUGAAAUACAUAUACGAAGACAUGGGCCUGGAUGAGCUGUCCAUGUUGGAUCUCCGCGACCUGGAUCCACCGGCGGCACUCGGUCCCAACCUCAUCAUGAUUUUCGGAACGGCGCGAAGUGAGAGGCACUUGCACAUUUCCGCAGGUCGCUUUGUACGAUGGCUGCGACGAAACCACCAAGUUGGUGCUCGAGCGGAUGGGCUAAUUGGGCCGGGAGAACUCAAGACGAAGCUGCGCAGACUGAGGAAGAAGGCGAAGAUGCUGGGGAGCAACACUAUGAUUUUGCCUGGUUCAGAUAAUGGAAUUUCGACAGGCUGGGUCUGCGUCAAUUUCACGGCGCAUAACAGCGGAGCGCAAGAAGCUUCCAGCUACGAUGAAAGCGGCCGGUUUUCAGGGUUCGGCACUCCCCUGACGGGAACUACUGUUGUUGUGCAAUGCAUGACGGAAUCGAGGCGAAACGAGCUUGAUUUGGAAACCCUCUGGAGAGGCAUCCUCAAACGAAACCUUGAAGAGAUGCAAAAAGUGAAGGGAAAGGUGGCGCUGAAUCCAUCUGAGCUGGAAUCUCUAGUCACAUCAAAAAUCCAGAUGCCUGACAGCCCUUCUGCUCAUCAGUGGCAAGCCCUUAAACUGGCUUCUCAACAGCAGCGCCACUUUUCGACCAUGGCUCGACGCCUUCAGGCUCGUACUCAGAGUAUAACAGAAGAUCAGUCGGAUAGUCCUUCGUUUGAUCUGAGUGCGCUGCGGCGGCAUAUCCAUGAUUUCCAAGUGGCCGGAACCGCCGUGAGCCGCGAGACUUUACAAAGCCUCAUCUCCGCAGUAUUUCGGGCUGAGGUAACGGAGGAAAACACUGCAUCAGAACGACUUGCUCUGGUUGAUCAGCUCAAUCUCGUGGCGGAGGAGCGUGGACUGCCCAUCAUGUCCAAAGACUGGCUAAUCACCCUCAUUGAAUCCAUCGUCAUGUCCCCAGCAUAUGGGCCAGAGCUACAGCGUGCACAGAAGAAUGUGGAAUUUCUUCUCUCCACCAAACAGAAGUCUGCGUUGAAAACUAGCGAAGUCCUGCGACUCAUGGCGGCAUAUGCGCACCGGUCAGACUGGGAGAAGUUUUGGGACGCUUUUCGCUCGCCGGCUCGGUUUCAGUUGCCUCGGUCGCCAGAGCUGUAUGAGUUUGCAUAUCGCGUCAUGGCAGCUACUGGAGAUCGGAAGCUAUGCACCGAUGCUCUGCGUUGGGUGUAUCCCGAGAUGCUCAAGGAGGAGCCCAAGAUAUGGCCUGUUGGGUCAAUGUAUGUGUCCUUGAAGGCAUGUAUCCUGGUUGCCGAUCCUGCUGCUGAGGGUCUGUUGCAUCAUCCUCCGCCUCAAGAUUCGCUGGACCUAUUUGGCCAGCGGCAAUUGGUGCACAGGGAAUUUUUGCGUGUGCUAAGGGAAGUUGAAAAUCUGCGACAUCAUCAUGCUGGAGAACAGGCAAGAGAACAGAGGGCACAGACACUUCGCAAGUUAUCGGGACAGAUGCCGUCCAAUUAA